AUGCUGUUGAAUCGAUCCCGGCCUGGGUGGGGAUCCUAUCUGAACCGUCGCAGAUAUGUCCUGCUCCUAGUGAUUGUGCUUGCAUUUCUCCUUUCUCAGUCGUUCCUAUCGUCGAAUAUUCGUCCGAUAUCGCAAGCCGACAUCAAACCGGAAUUUUUAUGGCACUCCUCCUAUCGCGAUAGCCCGGACGUGGACUACGAGACUCGAGUGAGAGAUGCCUUGAAGUAUAUUGAGCAGGUGGCUGUGGAACACGGAGAUAAUGGGGCCACGAACAAAAUAUGGCAGAUCCUGCUGGGCACGGGGGAGAAUACAGACAACCGGGGCCCGCAUUCGCAUGAUUUCCAGGAGAAAAAUGCAGACUGGGAUUUUCAGGUCGUAUUGAGCAAAUGGGCGAACUGGUUCAUCGAAUCAAACCUAAACCUAGUUCCGGACUUAGAGUACUGGUGGAAAUCAUACCCGGACGAAGUCCUACGCGCCGACCUGCUCCGGUAUCUACUGCUGUGGUAUCAUGGCGGCUACUAUGCAGACCUAGAUAUCAUCCCAGCACUCCCCAUCCGAGACUGCCCAUCGCUGCAACACCCGGCGGUCCAACAAAAUCCCAAAUCUCCAAUCUCGCUGAUCAUAGGGGUUGAAUCGGACGAGCCAUUCGCUACGCGCGAGAUGGGAAAACAAUGGCAGGGGUCUCGGAAGUAUGGGUUCAUCCAGUACACGAUGUAUGCGCCGCGGCGGUUCAGUCCGGUGCUGCGCGAAGUGAUCGUGCGGGUGCUAUCGCAUACGAAACAACAUUUCGACAGGCAGAAGUGGCUAUUUGGAGAGUUUUACGAUCAUUACGAUGAGAGGACGACGCAUGAGAUCACAGGCCCCGGCGUGUUCACCGAUACGAUUCUGGAUAUGCUCUCGGAAACUCUCCCAGAGAGUCACCCACUAAUCGUGCAGUCCGCGGAAGCAGAGAGGAAGUACACCGACAGUCUCCCGAAGAGGGUUACUUGGGCACCGUUCCACCGAAUCCAGGAGCCGGUCUGUGUCGAUGCCUCCGAAUCUGCUCCAGGCAAGGAGAUGGGCGGGCUGUGCGUGCUACCCGUUAGCACGUGGGGGAAUGGCCAGCGACACAGUGGCUCGGUUCCUUUCAAUAGCCCGAACGCGUGUAUCAACCAUCUUUUUAGUGGCAGUUGGAAAAAAGGCCACCGCAGAACACCAUACUUAAGCCAAAUUUUUAAUUAG